AUGUGUGAUUCCAAAGUCUUAACUAAAGAUGACCGCCAAACAAUGUACCGGGCUACUGGUGGUUGUGUAAGAUUCAAAAUGAGGACCACUGGAACUUCUGCUGAAAUUAAACUGAUAUCAUACCAAGAUUUUAACCUUGGCCUAUACAAGAUUACAAUUGGAGAACCAACCAAGGUCAUGAGUUUACUUGAUAACAAUGAACAGAGUUUUCCCAGUGGCAUUGAAAAUUUUGCCGAGUACCAUGAAUUUUGUGUGACUUGGUAUAGUAACAAACUUACAAUAAGUUUACUAGGGCAAGAACCAUAUGUUAAAUUUAACGAUGUUUACAAUCGUCCUGUUGUGGGAUAUAUUUCGUACAGAACUCAAAGCACACCAGAACACCCAGUGGAUUGGAUUAUUGAAAUUUCACCAGUGUUACUGAAGCCGAUUGAUGAAAAAUUAUUUCCUAAUGAAAAACUUCGUUGGGUUCGUAUGAUUGAUGGUGUAUUACCACCAGAUGCAAUGGUUGGUGGCUUUGAACCAGAACCUACUUACAUAGCCAGAGCUGAACAUAAUAAUUCCAUAUGUCCUGGAAAAUAUGUACCAUCAACUCGUAGAGCAUUUGUUCCUUGGGGACACAUGGAACAUCCGAAAGAAAACUUUGAGAUAUUAUGUGGAUUUAAUGCUAAAUGGAUGAAAACAAGAGCUGAUCACAUUCCAAGAAAUUCUUUUGUUGCUGGAUUUUCCGAAGUCAAUAAUGAACCUCUAUAUAUUGGCAGGGCCAUGUUAGGAAGCAAACUUGUUUCUGGAAAGGUCCAUAUACAUUACAAGUUGUGCUAUCUACCAUUCUAUGGUCAAGAAAUUGAAGUAGAUAUUUAUGAAAUCUUAGUGACACCAGGUGAAGAAUCAGAAUAUCCAAUACCUCGUCCUAGAUAUAUUAUGUUUUAA